AACUGCCGUCGUACAUCUAUAUAUGAACCAGCCUCCGUACGUGGCCCUCCAGAUCGAGCCUUUGUCUCUUCGACAGUACUCUGUUACAUUAAUCAAAUAGUGAAUGGACGGUUUUACCCUUCACGUGCUCCUUUUGCUGCUUCUACAGUUGUCGGCCACCUUCGGCUUUUACGUGUUGAGCCGACGUCCGACUCGGCGGACGGCGGCGCUGCCACCAUCGCCGCCCGGGCUUCCGAUAAUCGGCCACCUGCACCUCCUCUCCGACAAGCCCCACUGUUCCAUGGCCGAACUGGCUCGGAAACUGGGUCCCAUAAUCUACCUCCAACUCGGCCGAGUCGACACGGUGGUGAUCUCCUCCGCCCAGCUCGCCGAACUCGUCCUCAAAACCCACGACCACGUCUUCGCGAACAGGCCGCAGCUCGUGGCAGCUCAGUACCUCUCGUUCGGCUGCUCCGACGUGACGUUCUCCCCCUACGGCCCCUACUGGCGUCAAGCCAGGAAGAUCUGCGUCACCGAGUUGCUGAGCUCGAAGCGCGUCAACUCGUUCGAACUCGUCCGGGACGAGGAAGUGACCCGGCUAGUAUCCGCGGUUUCAGAUCGAACCGGAUCCGAAGUCAACAUGAGCGAACUCUUCUUCAAGCUGGCGAACGACAUGCUUUGCCGGGUGGCUUUCGGGAAGCGGUUCAUGGAGCAGACUGGCGAUUUGGCGGCGGUUUUGACGGAAACGCAGGCAUUGCUGGCGGGGUUUUGCUGGGGCGAUUUUUUCCCGGGAUGGGCGUGGGUGAACUGGGCGAGUGGGAUGAAGCGGCGGCUGGAGAAGAACUUGGAGGAGCUGAGGACGGUUGGCGAUGAUAUAAUAAGAGAACAUUUGAAGAAGAGAGAGAGAGCUGGGCCUACUGGGGAUGAGAAGGAAGACUUCGUGGACGUGUUGCUUCGGGUUCAACGAAGAGACGAUCUGGAAGUUCCCAUUACAGAUGAUAAACUCAAAGCUCUAGUUCUGGACAUGUUCGUGGCCGGAACUGACACAACAUCGUCAACCCUAGAAUGGACCAUGACCCAGCUAGCCAGGCACCCAACAAUACUGAAGAAAGCGCAGGAAGAAGUUCGAAAAACAGCCGCCGCCGCCGGAACGAGGACAGUGGAGGAGGCUGAUCUCCGCCAUCUCUGUUACCUGAAAGCCGUGAUAAAGGAGACGAUGCGGCUCAAUCCGCCGGUGCCCCUCCUCGUGCCCAGAGAAUCCAUGGAGAACUGCAACCUUGGCGGCUACGAGGUGGUCGCCGGAACCCGAGUUCUGAUAAACACCUACGCCAUGGGAAGGGAUCCGGGGAGCUGGGAGAAUCCGCUGGAAUUCAGGCCGGAGAGGUUCGACGGCGCCGAUUUCAGGGGGCAGGAUUUCAGGUUUCUGCCGUUUGGGGGAGGGAGGAGAGGCUGCCCGGGAUUUGGGUUUGGGAUGGCGACGGUGGAGAUGGCGCUGGCCAGGAUUUUGUAUCACUUUGACUGGGAAUUAGGUCCUGGUGUGGAAGAAGCUAAAGAUUUGGACAUGGAGGAGAUUUUUGGGUUGGCCACAAGGAAGAAAUCGGCCCUAGUUCUUGUCCCUAAGCGGAUUCAUUAGUUCAGGGAGAACAGUUGAUUAAUCAUCAUUGACUUGUUUUAGUUUAAUUAUUAUUAGGUGAAGAAGAAUUGAUAGUUAGCAUACUCGUGGAAGUGAUCAGUGGGUGGAUGUUAAUUCACAAGUCUCUUCGUUUUUCAAGAGUACUGAUCAAUUAAUGCUCAUACAUGGCAAGUAGUGUUAGAAAUUUUACAGAAAAGAUCUGUACACAGAUGACAUCUCUUCAUACAGCUAAUU